CGUAAAAUGGCCGGAAAUUCUCUGCCCUCGACUUUAGCUGCCAAUGUUUGCGUGAACGUAUAUUAUAACGCAUACAAAAACUCAUUGUUUGCCGACUACGAUAAGCAGAAAUCAAAUGACAAAAAAGAAUUUGUUCACAGAUUGGUGUAUGUGGCAACUACAUCUUCACAAUUUAACUCAGAAGAAAAAAGGACCACUAUUGGAGAGUACUACGAUGGUUUUUUAUCAAAGUUUCAGAAAAACACACAGACUGAGGGAGUUACUGGUGUCCUCCUGUUGUAUCCUAAAUGUAUCAUCCACGUACUAGAGUCCUCUGCAGAUGUUCUGACACUGCUCCUGAAAGAUCUAAGCAACAUGGAGCAAAAUCCCAGCUCUCCUCUGCAGCAGGGGAGGAUCCUGGUGACGUCUCACAUGAUCCCGAGCCGGCUGUUCCCGUCGUGGGGUUACCGUUUUGUGACUCCGCCCCUCAGCCUGCAGGACGCCUCCCUGCAGGCCGAGCCUGUGGAGACACUGGUUCCUGACUGUCUGGCCGUCAUCUACAAGCUCUGUCUCCGCCUGCUCAAACGAAAACAGGACACCUUCCCAGGGCUGGAUGUCCAGGAGCAGGCUUUGGUUCUUGAGGAGGACACCGUCCUUCACCUCUGUCACAGUCCCGUACUGCGCUCUCCCUCCACCUAUCUGGAGGUCUACACCAAGCCCCAACACAUCCUCAUGGACUCUGAAAUUGUGUGGCCAACCCAUCGUAGGCUAUGCUGGUAGCUGGCAUGAAGAGAAGUUUCCUGACAAUCCUUCUAUCCUGUUAUAGUACAUCCCCCGAUUAUACCCUGUCUUACCAGGAGUAGUGAGUACGCAACAUAAUAUAGACAACACAAUUCCAUUUUAUUCUUAUAUUUUAUUUUCUUUGGAAAGGAGUAUAACCAAGCAUUCAUAUUACAUUUUUAUUUCAUGAAUCAGCUCAACAAUCUGCAUAUAAAACGACCGAGCUCCAAAUGCAGGACUGUCUUCAUGUCUCUAGUUUCAUGGCAUUUGUUCGUUUCUUGGUGCCUCACUAGGGAGUCCUCUAUGCUGAAGGAUAAGGCAGCGAGGUAUGAGAGAGAGAGAGAUAGA